AUGAACAUCAUAGAAUGGGCCUUCGGCAAGCGCAUGACACCAGCGGAACGUCUUCGUAAACAUCAACGAGCGCUAGAGAAGACGCAACGAGAACUCGACCGCGAACGCACUAAGCUCGAGAACCAGGAGAAGAAGCUAGUCGCUGACAUCAAAAAGAAUGCCAAGAAUGGGCAAAUGGGCGCAGUGAAGGUGCAGGCGAAGGAUUUGGUGCGGACGAGACGGUAUAUCCAGAAGUUCUACCAGAUGCGGACGCAGCUGCAGGCUAUUAGCCUGAGGAUACAGACUGUGCGAAGUAAUGAGCAGAUGAUGCAGAGUAUGAAGGGCGCGACACAACUACUCGGCAGCAUGAACCGACAAAUGAACCUCCCGGCUCUGCAGCGAAUAGCGAUGGAGUUUGAGAAGGAGAACGAUAUCAUGGACCAGCGGCAGGAGAUGAUGGAUGAUGCUAUUGAUGAUGUUACUGGACUGGAGGAUGAGGAGGAAGGCGAGGAAGUGGUCAACAAGGUGCUGGAUGAGAUUGGUGUUGAUCUUGGUCAAUCGCUUGGCGAGACACCACAGGGUCUGCAAAGUAACGCUGUGCCCAAUGGCAAGGUGGCGCAGGCUAUCGGCGGUGGCGAUCCUGGUGAUGACGACCUGCAAGCCCGUCUUGACAGCUUACGAAAAUAA